AAGAUGGCCGCCGCCUCUGAAUUCCAUCAGAAACGGCUGAUGCUAAACACCGUUUUGCCUCUAGUGUCGGGAGCGGUGUGAUGAUGGGGUCAAUGUGACCCGUGUGAGCUUCCCGACCAGGUGAGGGGAGGCAGGUCCCUUAGCCCACUUGAAUCUAGCGUCAACCCUGUGGAGAGCGAUAAGAUGACGGCUCCGUCCGCAGAGGAGAGAAGGGCAUGCUGGGAAGCGCGUGACAAGUACUGGAAGUGCCUGGAAGAUAAUAAGGAGGACGCAACCAAAUGCCAGCAGCUCAGACAGUGCUUUGAGAGCCGCUGCCCGCGACAAUGGACUAAGCACUUUGACAAAAGGAGAGAUUACCUUAAAUACAAAGCACAGCUGGAGGCCAAAGGAUUUGAACCUGCAGAAACCGCGGAUAAGACAUAACCCUGAAGGGCCGGCCGGCCGCCUGUACGUGCGAUAUUUAUGGCCGGAGAGUGUGAUAUUUCAGUUGCCUAAAUGAAAGCGGCGGAAUGUUUCCUCCAGUUCUCUCGCUGAUACAGAGACUUCUAUUUUGUAAGCGUUUAAUUUGGGAAAAAUUUAAUAUACUUAAACUAAUGAUGGGCUGGGGAAUCACCUGUGACUUCUGCCUGGUUCCUGCUGUUUUUGUACAUAAGUGGCCCACGAAUAAAAUGAGGAGGAUUGA